UAGCUUAUUCGCGUCCGCCAUUUUGCAAUCGAUAGAGACAACUAUUUGCGAAGUAGUUUGACAGUUACGGGAUUUUUGCGUCGCACUUUGCGAUGUCUUGUUACGAGUUCUGUCACGUUCGGCUUCGCAACGCUUCUUGGUGAUAAGAUUGGCGGGCCAGGUGAUAAGCUCACCGAAUUUUCCUUAAAUGUGCACACACACACCCGGGAUGUGUAAUUCUCUGUGUAAAUAGAGAGGCAAUACAUAUUUCGUCAGUUUCAACGCUUACGGAUCAGUGGGUCAUUCUAACGAAGUGUUUCGAGCAAUAUCAAAAAUGAUGGAAAUCGACCCACCACAUUUCUCGUCGAAGGACGAUGAAAUUCAGUAUUGGAUGGAGCUCGCUCGCCAAAUGCAUCAACGAAAAGAAGACGUGGAAAGAGAAUUGGAGGAGUUUCAAGAGAGCUCGCAGAUGCUGGAGAAGGAGCUGGAGACUUCGCUGGAGCAGGCCGAGAAGACGAACAGAGAAUUGCGACAGCGAAACGCCAGACUCGCCUCCGAGGUGGAGCAGCUACGUGCUCGGUUGGAUCAACAGACUGUGGACUGCACCGCGUUUCAAACACAAGCGCAAGACCUUCAAGCCCAGCACGAGAGGCUGGUGAAGUACAUACGAGAGCUGGAACAAAAGAACGAUGACUUGGAACGGGCACAUAGGGUUAACAUGGUAACCGAGGAGGAGAUAGAGGCUAAGUUUAAUUUAGCCAUCGAGAAGAAUGCUUUGCUCGAGUCUGAACUUGACGAGAAGGAACGCCUAACAGUUGUAGUGCAAAGAUUGAUGGACGAAAUCAGAGAUUUGAAGCAGGAGAUACAAGUGCAAGAGCGUCAGAAAUCGGACAAUGAUAAAUCAUCGGACAGGAUCUGCGGCGUCGUUGACAGCAAUAAAUUACAAGUCGAGCUGGAGUCCCACAUUGUGCCGCCGGCCAGUACGGUGGCGCCACAAAGCAUCGCACCGCAAGUUCACACAUCCUUACCGUCCACUGCACCUCUCAAAAUUGGGAAUGGCGUUAUGCCGGGUAUCAUCGGCAAUAACAACAACAACAACAAUAACAACUCCAGUACACCAUUGACACCUUGCACUCGAAUAUUGGCCAUGAAUAUGAUCGGUGAUUUGAUGCGCAAAGUCGGGGCCUUGGAGAGUAAGUUGAACACGUGUCGCAAUGCCUCUCGGGAAGAUCAAGCUGUGCGGGACCUCUACAGGACUCGGAGGCAAGUGCGAAGCCUUGCUACGGGAAACAACAACCACAUUCGAUUGUAAUUGCGUCCGAAAGGCAGCCACCGAAUUCCUGGGUUACUUGCAGAGUGCGACGAGAGUAUAAUCGCGUCUCCAUUACUGAGCCGAGGGAUUCGUUAUCCUAAUCGUGUACAAAGGUGACAAUUGCCGGUCGGUGCGUACGAGAACAGGGAACAUUGGUCCCGUCCAGUAAUUUCUUCUCGUACGUAUGCAAUCUGCGGAUUCGUCCCAUCUGGAAAUCGUCCCAAUAAUGGAAAUACUCGAAGAUGAUGAUUUUGGAUGCUGAGGUGGAUGCGAAAGCUGUAUCAUUACGUCGCUUUCGUAUUGAGGAGUCCCAUCGUGGAAACGACUUUAUUCCUCCUGGUUUGAAGAGAGCAUUGGAUAAGCACAAUCUGUGAAGAAGGAGAACGCUUCUUACCGAACGGCUUAAAAUUCUUCCUGUUGAUUUCAAUGAUUAUUCAAAGCAAUCCGCGAAUUGCGCGCUCUGUUAAUUUCUCUUGUACGUACGUUGAAUUGCUUUCAGUAGUUUUACUUAGGUGACAAGUUGCCGCAGCUGUAUAAAAUUGUAUUUGCGAAUGAGCAAAAUAAAUUAAAUAUUACUCCCGUAAA